AUGUAUAAAAUAAUAAGAAAUACAACAAAAGUCAGAAAACCGAUAAAAGAUUGGGGAGAAACUCCAGAUGACACAGAUGUGGAACCUGCUGACGACCUUGAACGAGUCCGGAUCCAACGAAACUCACUUUGUCAUGGCCCUCAGUCAAUUAGCGACAAUGAAUUUGAAAAGAAAUGGAAAGAACUUAAGGAAAUAAUACAAAGACUUGCUGGAGGCCAGUUACUCGGAGAUGUAGAAUCUCUACAAAGCAAAGACUUAGAUCACUCAUCACGGGCAUCUGUUAAGAGUCUCCUCGCGGUUCUGACAGCAAGAGUUCAAAACGUGGAAAAAUAUGCAGUGGAUCAUAUUCCAAAAAACAUCAGAGAACAACAUGAAAGAGAAAUACGGAAAUGGCGAGAGAUGGAUAGACUUUUCUGGACAACGGCUGCUUACCAAAAAGUCCUUGAUAAAAUCAGAUCCUCGCCUUUUGUGACAGUGACUGGCAGUGGUGGUAGAGGAAAAACUUUUCUCAUUCGUCACAUAGCUCUGGAGCUUGCUCAAGACGGAUUUGAGAUAAUUCCAGUUUCAACACUUGAACAGGUCAUCCUGUAUGGACAACUAAAUUUCAAGCAAUUAUUCAUUGUAGAUGAUGUAUUAGGUGUAUAUGGUCUAGAUAUGAGUCUGUAUAACAGUCUUAGUAGACAGUCUGAUAAUGUGUUAGACUUACUAGAAACAGGAUCAAAAUUACUGAUGAGUUGUAGAUCAGUUGUGUUUAAUGAGUCCAAACUACUAAAUAGUUUUGUUACAGAUGACAAUCAUGUCAUUAAUUUAGAUGACAAAAGCAAUGAACUUAAUGAUGAGGACGUGAAAAACAUGUUACAGAAUCACUGUAAAUAUAAAAAUGUAAGGGAAGUAUGCUUUGAAAAGUUAAAGUUACCUAGCAUAUUACCAAUGUUCCCUCUGCUGUGUAGGGUAUUCUCAUCUACUGAAAAAUAUCAGGCAAUGGGGGAUAACUUUUUUCUGGUUCCGUACCAGUGUAUGUUUUCUGACCUUGAUAACAUGCAAGAGCUAAACAAAGUUCAUUACGCAGGUUUGGUGUAUUGUGUGAUUAAGGAUAAUUGUGUCCGUCCUAAAUCCUUUGAUAGGAAUUGUCUAAAAGACGUGCUUGAAUGCUGUAGACUAAGCCAGUCAACGUCUAAUUCGAAACUUGUACAUGCAAUGCAGGUAUUGAAGGGAUCUUAUCUGACGCAAGACGCAGAAGGUAGAUAUUUUUUCAUUCAUGAUAAUUUCUUUGAAAUUGUUGCAGUUCACUUCGGAAAACGUUUUCCAGAAUGCCUUAUUAAACAUUAUACCUCCUGCUCUAUUUACAAACUUCUAACAAUUGAGAACACGAUAUCGGAAAUCAAGGACGAUAUGAUCCCUAUCUUUGAGGACCACUUUUUGGCACUGGUAGACCGAAUCCUUUGUGACAUUAAAGAUUUCAAGUUUUAUGAAGUAUUUAGCAGAAUAGGACAUUUCUGGAAAUGCGAAAAAUUUGUUUCAACAGUUUGUGGAACUUUGGAAAAAUUAAACUUUGGUGAAAUUAGGCAAUUAUUAUUUGACGUUCAGAAGUGUGAGCAUGAAGACAAAAGGCAACCAUUUACAGAAAAGCUAGAAGAUCAAAUGAAUGAAAUGAUUGAUAAAAGAAGAGAAUUAGGAAUUGAUAAGAGAUAUGAGUGUAAAUUUCAAAUUUUGCAUAAAUAUUCCCCCAGAGUCAUAACCUGGAUUAUUGCAUAUGGCUAUGUGAAUCUUUUGUCUAGAAUUAUAAAGAUUGUCGAAAGUAAAAGUCGUUUUAUAGGAACAACAGGUUCCGUCAACGAUGACAUUUCAAAAGACAUCUCAGAGGUAGUGUUCGGUACCGGUCUGGAAUUACAAUCUGUUUGUUUCACACUAUCUUGUUGUAGUGGUAGUUUGGAAAUGGUCAAGCUGGUUUUUCGUCACGUAAAAGCCGAAUGUACAAAUUAUAUCUUAAGUGAAAGGUUUACACCGUUAUUUGUAGCAUUAUCGACUACUUGUAAUGACAUUGUUGAGUUUUUGCUUUCGAAGGGAGCAGAUGUCAAUGUGAGCUUUGGAAAAUACAAUAUUUCAAUUCUUGCUUAUUCAUGCUUUUUUGGAAAUGAAAACGCGGUGGAUUCUUUAGUGAAAGGGGGCGCUAACAUUAAUGCUCCGAUGGCAAACUUCGGUUCUGCACUACAUUUCACAUCGUAUUUCGGCAAUCUUCAUCUUGUUAAGUACCUUAUUAAGAACGGUGCUGAUGUUAAUAACUAUGACAAAAAUGGGAGAUCUCCCUUGCAUUAUGCAAUAGUUGGUGGUAAUCUGGAGAUAGUAAAGUGUCUUAUAAAGAGCAAUGCAAACGUCAAUUUUUGUGACAUAGAAGUGAAGUCUCCACUAAAUUAUGCAUCAUAUAAAGGACAUCUAGAAAUCGUUAAUUGUCUGCUGAAUUGUGGUGCAGAUGUGAAUUGUGGUGCAAGCUGUCUUUCUGCCGCAUGUUCAAGUGGUCAGUAUGAUGUUGUAGAAUUGUUGAUUGAUAAAAUUGACAUUAAUAGAGUUGAUGACUUUUGCGAUCCCCCUCUUCAUUCUGCUGCCAGUUCAGGUCAUGUUGACAUUGUAAAAAAUCUUAUAGAACAUGGAGCUGAUGUUAAUCUGCUUUGCUCUUGUGGCAAUCCACUUUACUGUGCCACACAAAAUGGUCAUUUACACAUCAUUGAAUACCUUAUGGAACAUGGCGCUAAUGUAAAUCAGGGUUAUUGUGGUGAUAAAAAUACGUCUCUUUUAUGCUGUGCUUCUAGCAGAGGUUAUCUGGAAAUUGUGAAAGAACUGGUCAGAUAUGGUGCUGAUAUCAAUGUCUGUGACAAAGAUGGACGAUCUCCAUUAUGCCUUGCAGCACGUGAAGGUCACGUGGGGAUAGUAAAGUAUCUUAUAAACCGUGCUGUUAAUGUAAAUGUCUGUGAUUUGCGUGGAAGGUCUCCACUAUACUAUGCGUCAGCUCGCGGUUAUCUUCAUAUUAUAAAAUGUCUUAUUCAAAAUAAUGCUGACCUACAAGUUGUUGCAAAUUCUCUCUCUGUCGCUUGUAGUAAUGGUCAUCAUGACGUUGUUGAGUACCUUAUCGAUAAAGCUGACGUAAAUAGAGUAGAAGGCAUCAGUGAUCCACCUAUGCAUUCCGCUGCCAGUUCAGGACAUCUUAAUAUCGUAGAAUUUCUUGUUAAACAUGGAGCGGAUGUUAAUCUGCUCACCUCUGUUGGAAAUCCACUUUACUGUGCCACAAAAAAUAGUCAUUUACAUGUUAUUGAAUAUCUUGUGAAACAUGGCGCUAAUAUAAAUCAGGGUUAUUGUGGUGAUACAAAUACGUCUCCCCUAUGUUGUGCAUCCAGCAAAGGUUAUUUGAAAAUUGUGAAAGAACUGGUAAGACUUGGAGCUGAUGUCAAUCUUUAUGACGAGGACGGAAGAUCCCCACUAUUCCAUGCAGUAUAUGGAGGUCAUUUAGAGAUUGUGAAAUAUCUUAUAAACAAGGUACUUAGCAUAAAUAUAUGUGACAGGUAUGGGAAAUCUUUAUUAUAUUAUGCUUCAGCUGGAGGACAUUUAGAUGUUGUACAAUUUCUUAUCAAUAGUGAUGCUGACGCUGAUUAUGAUAUCAGUUGUCUAUUUGUUGCUUGCCAUCGUGGUCAUUAUAAUAUAGUGGAGUAUCUAGUUGACAAAGUGAAAAACAUCAGUUCUUGUGACGGUUCCGGAAGAUCCCCACUGUAUUAUGCAUCUGCUGAGGGUCAGUUAGAUAUUGUUAAAUGUCUGAUUAUGAAUCAUGCUGAUGUGAAUUGCGGUGCAAGUUGUCUAUCAGCAGCUUCAAAUCGAGGUCAUUUCGACAUUGUUGAGUAUCUUAGCGAUAAAGCAAAUGUGAAUGAGAUACAGGGCUACAGCGAUCCCCCUCUUCAUUCUGCUGCCAGUUCAGGUCAUCUCGACAUUGUGAAAUAUCUAGUGGCACAUGGAGCCGAUGUUAAUUUACUGAGUUUUUGGAAUGAGAGUCCCCUUUAUUGUGCCACAAAGAAGGGACAGUUACACGUUAUUGAAUAUCUUGUAGAACACGGUGCCGAUAUAAAUCAGGGCCGGUGUGAUGAUAUUAAUACGUCUCCUUUAUACUGUGCCUCAAGCAAAGGUUACCUGGAGAUUGUAAAAGGAUUAGUGAAACGUGGUGCAGAUGUAAAUAUCUGUGACCUUAAUGGAAAUUCUCCACUAUGUUACGCUUCAAGGUAUGGUCAUCUGGAAAUUGUAAAGUUUUUGCUACAAAGUAAUGCUGAUUUCAAUAUCGGUGUAAGUUGUUUAUCUGCUGCUUGUAAAAGCGGACAUUUAGAUGUUGUAGAAUAUCUUAGUAAUAUAAUGGAUGUUAACAAGGUGUAUGACAUUUGUGAUCCUGCGCUUCAUAGCGCUGCCGGUCAAGGCCACAUUGAUAUUGUUAAAUAUUUGGUAGAAACUGGUGCAAAUGUAAAUUUAUUAAGUUUUCAUGGUUACAGUCCACUAUGCUGUGCUGUAGAGAAUAAACACCUUAGGGUUGUUGAAUAUCUUGUAGGACACGGUGCUCAUAUAGAAAGAGCUGUUCAUAUUGCACUUGAAGGUGAUCAGAGACAUAUCUUAGAUUUUCUGUUAAAACUUUUAAAUUAAGGAAUGAAAAUAUGUGAAAUGAAUGUAUGUAGUAUUUAUAUUGAAUAUAUCCAUAUCCUUUCAUAUAUACGUAUGAAUAAUUGUAUUGUAUAUACCACAUAAGUGUACAUGACAAUGAUUAUGUUGUUUUUUUUCUAAUCUAUUUUUAUCCGCUCUUACUUGUUUUAUUUCUUUAAAAUGAGCGUAAAAGUUUCCUUCAAGUUUACAAGGAGGUCAGAAAUUAGCGCACUAGAGAUUGGGGAAUUACGAUUACGAAUUAAACAAAUAAUUAUUAUAAGUGUAAAAAUAGCGGGCAAUUGUAAGCAAAUGCCCAAAAAUAUUAUCUCGCUAUUAUAAGUACGGCUACAGUAUAUUGUCAUCACUAUAACCUGCAUCAAUAAAGUUUGUCAUUUAUAGUUCAUUUAUCAUAAUUAUGUGUAUGGUGCUCUGUAAACCGCUUAAUCCGAAACAGGCACAUAUUAUCGUACACAAUAAAAAUACGUCAUUAGAUAGAUAAUAUAUAAUUAUAAAUAA